GAGCAGGCCAUUUUCCCAUAACUACUUGCGCGCUUCUACAUUGUACGUUCGCAGAUGACCAAAAUGGCGGAUUCGUCGGUCGAUGUUGUCGAGGGCUGUAGGCUCCCUGUUCUCCGAAAAAAUCAGGAAAACGAAGAUGAGUGGCCCUUGGCUGAAAUUCUCAGUGUGAAAGAGAUCCCUGGGAGAAAACUCUACUAUGUCCACUAUAUUGACUUCAACAAGCGUCUGGAUGAGUGGGUUACGCCGGACAGGCUUGACAUGAAGAAGCUCCAGUUCCCUAAGAAGGAAGCUAAAACGCCCACUAAGAACGGGCUUCCGGGGUCGCGGCCCAGCUCCCCGGAGAGUGAAGUGGUAAGAGUGGCCGGAGCUGGCCCCCAACAUACCCCCAGCAGGCCCCCACAGCCGCAAGCCCAGCAGAAGUCUAUACCCACCAAAACUUCUCUACCAGACUUUCAAGUGUUGCAACAACAAGCUCAGAGGAAGAGUCUAGACCUCAAUCUUCAAACUGCCACAGCUCCUUCCAGAGGCAAAACUCUCCCCACACCGAAGAGGAAAGCAGAGUCUGUGUCCCUGGCAACACAAGUGUCCCCAGCAACCCCCGUGCCAUCCUUGCCAGGUUUGGCUGAAGCCUCCCAGGCAUCUGUUUACCCUGCUGUAAGGGACACCAACACCUUCAACCUCAAAUCCAACGCCCGUGAUGACCAUGAGCAGCUUACCUCUCUCACCACGAAUGGUACUGCCCGUCGCCCCAUGCCCAAUCAGCCAGGCAGGAAGAGGAAGCAGCCUCCCAACUGCGGGGGAACCGAUGAGAUAAUAAAGGUUUUCCAGUAUAACAACAGCCCUCGAUGUGCCAAUGUCUAUCUGCAGCCAGGAGAGGACUCGCAAGACAGCUCUGAUGGCAUCCCCUCCACCCCUCGCAUGACUGGCAGUCUGGUGUCGGACCGUAGCCAUGACGACAUUGUCACGCGUAUGAAGAACAUUGACUGCAUUGAACUGGGCCGCCACAGGCUGAAGCCCUGGUACUUCUCGCCCUACCCACAGGAACUGACCACAUUGCCUAUUCUCUAUCUCUGUGAGUUCUGCUUGAAGUACCUCAAGAGCCUCAAGUGUCUGCAGAGGCAUCUGACCAAGUGUAAUCUUCGGCAUCCACCUGGCAAUGAGAUCUACCGCAAGGGCACUAUCUCCUUUUUUGAAAUAGAUGGCAGAAAAAACAAAACAUACUCUCAGAACCUGUGUUUACUGGCCAAGUGUUUCCUGGACCACAAGACGCUGUACUAUGACACAGACCCCUUCCUCUUCUACGUCAUGACAGAGUACGACGCCAAGGGCUUCCACAUAGUGGGCUACUUCUCAAAGGAGAAAGAGUCGACGGAAGAUUACAACGUGGCCUGUAUCCUCACCUUACCUCCCUACCAGCGGAGAGGCUACGGCAAAUUGCUCAUUGAGUUCAGUUAUGAGCUGUCUAAGGUAGAGGGGAAGACGGGCACACCAGAGAAGCCUCUGUCUGAUCUGGGGCUGCUCUCCUACCGCUCCUACUGGUCCCAGACCAUCCUGGAGAUACUCAUGGACCUCAAGCCUGACAACGGGGAGCGGCCGCAGAUCACCAUCAAUGACAUCAGCGAGAUCACCAGUGUGAAGAAAGAGGAUGUCAUAUCUACACUUCAGUACCUUAACCUAAUUAAUUACUAUAAGGGCCAGUAUAUCCUCACUCUUUCGGAGGACAUAGUGGAGGGGCAUGAGAGGGCAAUGCAGAAGCGUCACCUGCGCAUUGACUCCAAAUGCCUUCACUUCACCCCUAAAGACUGGAGCAAGAGGGGCAAGUGGUAGGACCCUAUCUGGUUCUCCUGGUCUCUUUCUCUCUUACCGCAUACUUUCCUGAAGCACUCCGGGUGAAGAGCACCACACAGGUCUCCCCAGAGAGGAUCAAAGAUUUAAAAAUGAACAAGAACUGUGUUUAUAUUAAGCAUCAUUUUUCUGAAUCAUGUCAAUCCUCCUAUUGCCCUCACCAGAUUCUCUCUGUCAUUAGCAACAGUAGAUCCAUUUGCUUAGUCUCAGUAGUAGGAAUUGUCAUCUAUUAAUGUUAGAUAGAUGACUCCUACCUUCUGUUUCUUUGCCUUCCUGGCAUUUGUCUUACUCAGCUUUCAACACUCUUGGACUAGUCAGUAAUUAGUUAGUUAUUUUUCACCUACAUAAGCACAUAAUACUAUUAUUGUUUUGCAUGUGAUCUUGAAUAAUGACUGCACAUAUCCAGUCUCAUUGAUCCAACGCACUAUGAGAAUUACAGAUCUAACCCCUAACUGCUUGGGACCAGUAGUAAUUGUAUAUACUGUGAUAUACUUUUUUAUAAAGGAUUUUUUUUAAGGUGUGAUUCAUUUCUGUAUGUUAAAUGAGAUGUGCGGGGAUGCUCAGUACAGAAAAUAAGCCAUGUUGAACUCUUACAAGAAUGUAUAUUUGGAUACCUCUACAGUUGUUUGUCCUUUAAAAAAAUGGAAUGUAAACUAACACGUUUGGCACAAUAGUGUGUCAUUUAAUUUAAUGAGACUAUUUACUGUACAUUUGUGUGUGUUCAUUUGUAACAAGUGAUUCAUACUUUGUUAUUGUGUUCAAUGGUUAGACAGCUAUUCUAUUUCCCUCCAUAUUUAAGUGUAAAUUCUACAUGGAGUCAUCUUCUCUUUGUAAGUGGUUUAGAGUUAAGGAAUGGGUGAUUCAAAUUGUUGUAUUAGAUGUUUGGCUAUAUAUUGAAAAAGACUAAAUCUGACCAACAGAUGGAAUUUGAUAUAAGAGCCUUACGGAGAGAUGGCUUUACACAUCUAAUAAACCAGGACACUUACUGUG